ACAGCUCAGCAUUGAAACGUUUACAUUUUUCUACGCGCUCCCCCUGCCGAAACACUUUCCGAAAAUGUUUCCCAAAGGGUUGACGUGUAGCGGAUCCGCGGCCUCUGUGCUGUUGAUAGGGCUGCUGGUGGCCCUUGGCACCAACCUGGAACGAGUGAGUGGCGACGCGGGACUGGUGCACCGGCGAUUCGAGUACAAAUACUCCUUCAAACCUCCGUACCUGGCGCAGAAAGAUGGCACGGUCCCGUUCUGGGAGUACGGCGGACAUGCAAUUGCCAGCUCGGAAAACGUGCGCAUUGCACCGUCCCUGCGCAGCCAGAAGGGAGCCAUUUGGACGAAGCAGAAGACUAACUUUGACUGGUGGGAAGUCGAGAUCGUGUUCCGAGUGUCCGGCCGUGGCCGAAUCGGUGCUGAUGGUUUGGCCUUCUGGUACACCGCUGAGAAGGGAAGCUAUCUAGGCGAUGUGUUCGGUUCGUCUGACCAGUGGGUCGGUUUGGGCAUCUUCUUCGACUCGUUCGAUAACGACAAUAAACACAACAAUCCCUACAUUUCGGCCGUGCUAAACGACGGCACGCGGCAGUUUGACCAUCAAAAUGAUGGCUCGACUCAGCUCCUGUCUGGAUGUUUGCGCGAUUUCCGAAACAAACCCUUCCCAACACGCGCAAAGAUCGAAUACUACAACAACAUUCUGACCGUCCUGUUCCACAACGGCAUGACCAACAACGAUCAAAACUACGAGAUGUGCUUCCGGGCGGAGAAUGUGGUGCUACCGAAGACGGGCUACUUUGGCCUUUCGGCGGCGACCGGUGGCCUGGCGGACGAUCACGACGUGUUCCACUUCCUCACCACCUCGCUCCACAUCCCCGGCCAGUUCAAGGAGGAACCGGCGCCGGGCGAGGAUGCGGCCAAGCUCACGCAAGAGUACCAGGACUACCAGAAGAAGCUCGAGCUACAGAAAGAAGAGUACCGCAAGGAGCAUCCGGACGAGCAGAAGGACGACCUGGACAGCCUGUUCGAGGACUUUAACGAGCGCGAGCUGCGCCAAAUCUGGGAAGCGCAGACCAACACGUUCGAACAGCUGCGUACGCUCAGCUCCAAGCUGGACGAGGUGAUUGGGCGCCAGGAGCGCACGCUCGGUUUGCUGUCGGUCUCGGCCCAGGCGGGUGGAGCGGCCGGUGGGGCACCUCCGCCACAAAUUGCCGUUGGUGGUGGUGCGGCCGGUGGCAGUUCGAUCAUGCGGCACGAGGUGGACGCGCUGCUGCAAAAUCAGAACGUAAUGGUGCAAACGGUGCGCGAAAUCCGAUCGAUCAUUGGUGAGGUGCACGCACGAACGGACAGUAUCCUGAGCAAUCAGGCACGGGCACCAACGGCACAGGUGCAGGCGGGCGGGUACGAUGUGCAAAGCUUGAUGAACGAGAUGCGCGACGGCAUGAACCAGGUCCGGCAAGGUGUGGCGGGUGUUGCCCAAAGGCUACAAACGCACGGUGCCGUACCGCAGGCGCAAGGAUCGGUACAGUGUCCGACGCAGAACUGUCUCAGCUUGACGGCAUUCCUGGUGGCAACAGUGGUGCAGCUGCUCGUGAUGCUAGGUUACAGUAUGUAUAGGGAUAGCCGAGAGGCACAGGCGAAAAAGUUUUAUUAGAUAGCAAAAUAACUUAUCGAUCGUUGCGAUCGCGACAAAAAAACGGGAAUAGACUUUUGUUUGAGCGGCUAAGAUCAAUCAGCGACAGUCGAAACGCAACGUGUAAACGAGAAACCCCUGGCAGCCAAAAAUACCACCGUUCGUACACUGUCCAUCAUCCUCUCUCUCUCUCUUCCAGCUCCUGUAGUAGUGUGUUUUGUACUGUGUGAAACGGAUUAUUUUGUUUUGUUUUACGCACCACAGCAUAGAAAAAGGGCACAUUUGUUUCCAAUGUGAGUGAAUAUGUUUUAUUGUUUCCAAUAUGCUCGCUCCCCGAUGAUUUGUGCCUUGUGUGUGUGUUGACUUAAGAUGAGGUUUUAGUUGUUAUAAAAAAGUAAUCUUAAGCCAUCUGGUAAAUUUUGAUGUGUUUUUACUGUCAAUGGUUGUGUCUCGUUUUUUUGCUUUUUUACACGAGAGAGUGCUGCUUUAGCUAUGAAGAGAGAUCACCUAUUUCGGUGUUGUUUUGAGUGUUGUGAAAUUAAACUGCUGAUGGGCUGGGGUGUUUGGCAUAGGUAUCACGUUCUGAUCAAUGAAAACGAACUGUUUGAUGGGCAAAACAAAAACAAAACAAAAUACAAUACAUUCUUUCAGGUCAAAUAGUAUCCAUCUUCCACCAUUUCCUGUAUUCGAUCUAAUACCGCUGGGGAUAGGGGGCGCGUAAAGUUAACACAAUGUUUAGAAAAGAAAACUCCCACAAGCAUAUGUUGUCUGCGAUUCAUUCAUCUACUUAAGUGGGUUGUUUUUUUUGUUAGAUGCAUUUGAACUGUCUGGGGAAGCAGAAGAAGUACGUUCGAUUAAGUAAACCUAUCUAGCUUAUGUAUAAAAAACAAUCGAGCAUUUGUGAGCGUUCACUAUCCUAUUCAUGUGUUUUGAGUUUUCCAAUGUUACUCUGCUGUGUAAAGUGUAGUGUAAAUUUUUCUUUCUAUCACCCGUAUACAACAAAACGAACGAGAAAAAAACGAACAGGAAAAUAAACAGUCUGCUACAAUUUACAAGUAAA